CGAUUAGCUAUUAAUAUGAACAAAUCCUUACUUAAUAGACAUAUUAAUUCCAGAGCUAGUUACUUGUCUCUUGCGGAUUACAAAGACAUCAUGCUGUACCGAGAUAUGAAGUCUAAACCUUUAGCUCAGCUAAGUAAAAAAUAUAAAAUAUCAAAUAGUCGUUUAUAUCAAAUUUGGAGAGGACAAGAGUUUAAUAGGAUUCAAUGGAAUGGUUUAGCAGUUACUCCAAGCACGAAUGUUAUAGAUAAACAGAAUGAGGAGCACCAAGCCGAAAGAGAUUUUCAAAAUAAAUUGGAUUCUGCAUCUACAGCACUGAAAAACAAGAUACGUGAUGAUAAAAUUAGCAAAUAUACUAAUCCAGUUUCAGAAGAAAGUGCAGAUA